CUAUGCACAAAAAGAUGAUUUAUAUAUUUGUAUAAUUAUAAUAUCAUCCAAUAUAAGAUUAUUAAAAAUAAUUCGGAUAUAAACAGGCAUACUGUAAUUAUUGCGCAAUAAAUAACUUCCUGAAAUGUUCUCGUCUUUUCGUUUCACACUUAACACUUUUUUGCAUUUAAAUCCGGAUAUUCGCAUGUUCACAUGGUAUACAUUUGUCAUGCAUUGAUAUAUACACAUAUCGCAUACAUACUUACUAUCCUAUGUUAGUGGCUUCUGAUUGGCUGACGCUCGUCAAAUAGGCAUGUAACAGAGGGUAAUUCUUCGCCAUUGAAACAUGUUUACCAAUAUGGCGUACUGACAUUUGAAUUUGGACGUUACAUAUUCUUAACGGACGGAGAAAAGUCGUAAAACAUAUGUGAAAGUAUCGAUAUUACGUGACCAAAACACAAUUCCUUGCCGCUAAAGUGUCAUCUGAAGAUCGUUGACAAUUUAUUUAGCAGCCAUCAUGGAGAACUUCGUAAAGAUCGAAAAAAUCGGCGAAGGUACAUAUGGAGUUGUAUAUAAAGGAAAGCAUAAGAAAACUGGACAGAUAGUAGCCAUGAAGAAAAUCAGGCUAGAAAGUGAUGACGAGGGAGUGCCAUCAACUGCAAUCCGAGAAAUCUCAUUAUUAAAGGAAUUACGUCAUCCAAAUAUUGUCAGUCUUGUAGAUGUUCUUAUGGAGGAACCCAGACUAUACCUUAUUUUUGAAUUCCUUACAAUGGAUCUAAAAAAAUACAUGGACAGCCUGGGUUCAGGCAAGCUCAUGGAUCCUAGUGUAGUUAAGAGUUAUUUAUAUCAGAUUACUCGUGCUAUUUUAUUCUGUCACUCGCGCAGAGUGUUGCACCGUGACUUGAAACCUCAAAAUUUACUAAUUAACAAGCAUGGCUUGAUCAAAGUUGCUGACUUUGGUCUUGGUCGUGCAUUUGGUAUUCCUGUUCGAGUCUAUACACAUGAAGUUGUCACUUUGUGGUACAGAGCACCAGAGAUCCUUCUUGGAGCUAGUAGGUACACCUGUGCCAUUGACAUAUGGAGCAUUGGAUGUAUUUUUGCUGAAAUGUCAACAAAAAAGCCAUUAUUUCAAGGAGAUAGCGAGAUAGAUCAGCUCUUCAGAAUAUUCCGCGUCCUGCGAACGCCUACUGAGGAAAUAUGGCCAGGCGUGACACAACUAUCUGACUACAAAGCGACCUUUCCCGAUUGGAGGUCUAAUAAUCUGGCGACCCAGGCCAAGACCCUUGACGUACUGGGCCUGGACCUUCUGCAAUCAAUGCUCAUUUACAACCCGCAGCACAGAAUAUCCGCUCAGGCUGCGCUGCAGCAUCCUUACUUCGAAGACUUGGACGUGAAGAAGUUGCCACCAGAGGACACGUACUGAUGAACGAAUAAGAAUAUUUUCAUAAGACACAUUUACAACGAGUAAUCGUCCAUAGAAAUUCGCUGACCUGGCGAAAUUUCCUUCUAGAGCCUUCUCCGUGCUCUCAACUCUAGGCAAUCAUAAGACGCUCUUUUCUUUAAGUAUUUUUUAUCGCGAUAUUUUAUGAUCGUAUUACUUUAAUGAUUUUUUGCACUUUUCUUACUAUUAUUAUUAUUAUUGUAGAACACGAAAUGUGUUUCUUUGUUUUUUUCGAUUCGAUGUUGUUUCUAAGGAUUCUAAUUACGUGUUCAUUUAGCAAACGACUACUUUCAGAGAAACGUGACUGCACUGUAAAAAGUAUUGUUCGAUCGCCUAAGACAUGCUGUUAUCACGGCUCCUAAAUUUCCAUACAAUAAUAUUGAGGAUAGAACUCUUAUAUGUAUUGAGGUUUAAAUGCACUAAACCUUGAUUAGUAUUUAUCGGUCAACAAAUUUUAGAGAAAUUCUCGCUUCUUGUUUUUACAGCAGUAUAAAUUUCAUAUUAUGUUCCACUUUUUAUUCAUAGGUUACUCACUUGAUUGUGCUCUGAGCACUCUGAACACAGAUUUCUUCAUUUCUUUCGAACAACAUUGACUCUGUACACAGGAAUCUGGUUUCAUGGUGCACUUAUGAUUUCAAUGAGCCAGUUUUGUGUUGUUAAUAUCAGUGCGCAUGCGUACAAAUAUAAAUCAUAUUACAUGUAUCCAUUUUUUAAAUGUAAAAGAAAAUUUAAGUAGUUUGGCCACUUUGUUUCAUUGCUCAUUCUUCGAGAUUUGUAUUGUGAAUUAUUUUGCUAUUUCGAUUUACGAAUUACAUCAAUACCGUGGCGGGAAUAAUUAUUUGAAUAAUUACACCUUUGGUUGCUUUUGUCAAGAAAGAAAAAUUAAAGUUUGACAGGAAUGAGCCGCAAUGCGUCUCACGUUAUUUUACAUUAACCAACACAUAUGUCAAGAUUUAAUAUUUCUAUAAUUUCUUGCAGCGCGAGUAUCACGUUAUUUCGUUGAGCGACAUUUAUAACAAUGUAACAUAUAUUUUUGUUGAACGAAACACUCAUCACGUUUGAUACAAGCACUGCAAACUAAUACUGUACAUAAAUACGUAUUAGGGGACACACACUGCACUAGAUAUAAUUUUUUCGUAAGAUAUCAAUGCUUUUAGAAUAUUUUCCUUUUCUCGCUUAUAAGUCAUAGGCUUUUCUACUGAUGACAAAAUUUUUAGGAAUUCGGACUUGUGAUUUAUUUCUUCUACUUUUUCAAUUCUCUCUUCUUGUGUUCACGAAUCAUCACACAUAAAUAAAAUUAAAAUUGUACGACA